UCAAAACAACCAAUCACCAUUCAUGGCCACACGCACGAAGGUGGGUAAGCUGAUAGUUGAAAAGAAGGGCAAAGGACGCAAAAACAUUCUGACAAAGGACGCAAAAACAUGCGGGUGAUGCAACCACAAUCGUUUACUCUGCCUCUUUCAGCUCCACCGGCAGUGAAAUUGGAAGGAGGGAAGCCUGCUUUCUUGCUUGUUCCCGGAUUUAUAUGCCGCCGGAGAAGUUUCUUCUUGGCAGUCGCCGGAAAUGGAGAUUCGAGACUGCGAAAUUGGAAUCCAUCGUCCGCGUCCCCGUUCCUAUCGACCGUGUCCGUGAGUGCAUCUGGCCAAGCGUAUUAUUCUGCUUCUGCCCCGCCGCCCAGACAACUGCUUGAACUCAAAGCUCUAUGCUUCCGACCCUCUCCUCAAUUGGGACUGCUGUCUCUCCUCUUUGCCCUCUCCAUGGCCAUUGGUGCCAUUAUCUCCUUGGCUGUAUUAUCCAUUCCAACCAUCAAUGCUUUUGCAAGAUUGGCAGCCUCAAUAAAUAAAUUGUUGCAAGUUGUCUCUGAGGAGGUACCCGGCACCUUGUCUUCUCUCAAACUUUCUGGGCUCGAGAUUAACGAAUUGACCCUACAACUUAAAAGUCUCAGGCAAAGAAUUUCUGGAACCCAGUUGCAAAAGAAAGUCAGAAACUAUAAGCCCUCUUCGUUUGGAAGGAGGAAUCAACCUUGAAAGGACACUACGGAACUACGCUCAUGAAUUUGCGUGAUCCUUCACUUUAUGGUGAAGGCAUCUAGGCAAUUUUCAGCAGGUCUUGGAAAUUUGGAAUAUAUUGCAGAGAACUAUCUCUACUGUAUUUUGUACGGAAAUUUAUUAGUUAUUUAUAUUUUCAUUAUGUCAAAGACUCAAUUAUUGAUCCAAAAAUCAUUGGAUGCUAAUUUGAUUAAAUAUUUAAUCUUUGCUAA